UCUAUACGACUGCUAUUUACAGUAAUGUUUUAACUUAAUCGGAACGGUUGUCCAAUUGUAGUGGGCUUAUAUACGGGGAAAGUUACAAAAUGUGUGUAUAAUAACAGAAAACCAAAAAAAGCAUUAAUUGUUGUUCUGUGUUUAAAUUGUUUGAUAAUUCAAAACGUAAACCGCGAAAAUUUUUGUGCUUCAAAAUGUAGAUUUUAUAGAAAGUUACAAAAUAUAGAUCUAAGUGAAACGUGUAUAGAAAGUGACAUUGAUACAGAUUUUACAGUGAUUUUUAGAAAAGAAUCUUAUUGAUGUAGGUUUUCCCAUCUAUAAAAACCAGAAUGCUAUGUUUUUUUGCUAUCGAAUAAUGAGAAUGUUGCUGCAUUUUGUAACUGUUUUGGUUAACUCCAUGUGAAGUACAAAAUUUAACAAUGGAAUUAGUAAAUAUUUAGUAGAAGUCAUGGAUCGUACAAUUUUGAAAGAAGUAAACCAUGUUACACAUUAUGAGGAGGUUAAAAUGACCGGUUGUUGGGCUAAAUUUAAAAGUUUAUUCGAAGAAAGAGGGUUUGACUUAGAAUUCGAAUAUAAUGGAACCACACCUGUAAAUGUUUUAAACGAAAAUCAGAGUGAAAAGAGACAUUACAGGAAAGUUGAUGGAAGAAAGUCUGUCGUUAAAAAGCCAGAAGAAGUUGUUAACAUAGACGGCGAGAUAACAGAAGUAAUAAAUUUUUACGAACAGUUCGCUACCCUAAGCGAUGACACGAAAGAUGAGGUUUUUGAAACCAAAAGGAGAUCAACGGUUAGACCUAGAGUUUCAAUGAGACCAAGUAUUCUGUUAACUAAUAUUAUUGAGGAAACGGGAGACGCAGAAGAAAUCAGUCAAGAGAACAGGUCGCCGCCGCCUUCGCACAUCCCCUCUGCCCUCAUCUAUGCACCUCCGGAACCUUUAGACCUAUUAUGCGUGUUCCCGGAGCGUGCGUCGCGCGUGUGUGCGGCGGCGUGCAACGCAGCCGCGCGCGCGGGCGGCGAAGCGCGCGCGGUCCGCGGCGCGAGGGAAGCGCUGGACGCUUUCCGCCGCGACGCGGACACGCGGCCGCCGCACGUCGUCGUCGUCGACGCGCGACAACCGCAGCUGAUGGACUCUACCUUAUUAGCGCGUGCAAUUCGGGGGAUGAAAAACACUCAGCACAUAAUUCUCAUAGCAGUCGUCAAAAAGAGUGCGUAUCUCAAAGAUGAUUUCGCCGUACUGCCUUAUUUGGAAGCUGGCUUCAACAGGGUAAUGGUAGAAACGUUAGGGGCGACGGCGUGGUGUGGAGAAAUACUGCAAGCCCGCGCGGCCGGCGCGUCCGCAAGGGCGCAAAUCGGCGCUGUUGCGGCUCUCGCCGCCGCUGCCGACCGCUGCAGAGACUUAGUCGCCGUUACCGACGACCAGCAGCGGAUACUUCUUACAAACAAAUCGUGGUGCCGGGUAGUGGGAUGGAGGCCAGAAGAUGGUCCACGACCACUGACUGAUCAGUUAAGUGGGGAAGCGCUUCGGUUAGCAGCGAGUGGGGUUCGAGAUUGGGAAGCGCCGGUUAUGCUGCGACGGAGAGCCGCCCCCGACUCAGUGUUGCUGCCUUGCCGUGGUUCUUCCGUAGCUUUAGGCAGGAGCACGUCACACGUAGUUUUUGUGUGCGAGCCAAGUAACUCAAUGGACAGUGAUCGAGCUCGAGGCUCACUGCAUUCAAUACGACGCGGCUCGCUCGAUGUGCGCUCGGUUGCCUCGGACGGACUACGUAGAACGUCAUUGGCUAAGCUACAGGGACUACCAUUAGAAGCACCUAUUACUAAGGUGAUAUCCCUCCUCUCAACGGCGACAGAGGGCGCACCCCCAUCAACGGUGGCGUGUAUAGAACGAGCUGUCGACAUGUUACGCACUUCGGAGCUCUACUCACCUCAGAUGCGAGAAGACCCUAGGAUGAGAGCUGAGGAUCCCAUCGCUACUGACCUUAUAGGAGCUUUGCUGUCGCAAGGAGCUCCAAAUGUCCUGUCAUCAAGAAGAAGCAGUAAUGACUCCACAGUUGUCAGGACUCAAGCCAAUAGAACCAAUAUGAAACACAAGACCACAGGUCAACUCCGCGAACUUUUAGACACGGCCCUAAGCUGGGACUUCGAGAUCUUCCGGCUAGAAGAUUUGACCCGUGGCAGGCCGCUCACUCAUUUGGGCCUCACGCUCAUGGGAGGAAGGUUCGAUGUGUGCUCCACCUUGGAGUGCGAUGAGAGGACGCUGCUCCAUUGGCUAACGGUUAUAGAAACGAAUUAUCAUGCAGUAAAUACGUACCAUAACUCUACGCAUGCUGCUGACGUUCUUCAGGCCGUAGCAUUCUUCCUAGAAAAAGACAGGCUCAAAAUGGUACUAGAACCGUUAGAAGCUGCAGCGGCUUUGAUAUCAGCAGCUGCACAUGACAUCGACCACCCCGGCACCUCGUCCGCCUUCCUCUGCAACUCGCGGCACUCCCUCGCGAUAUUGUACAACGACAUCAGCGUACUGGAGUCCCACCACGCUGCUCUAUCCUUCAAACUCACUCUCAAUGACGAUCGCGUGAACAUAUUCAAGAAUCUCGACCGCGACACGUACAAGUCGGUGCGGCACAACGUGAUCGACAUGAUCCUCGCCACCGAGAUGACCAAGCACUUCGAACAUCUCGCCAAGUUCGUCAACGUCUUCUACGCCAAGUCUAGCGGCAGUAAGGAGGACGGCAUGCAAUGCGAUGAACCCUUGUCAUUGGACACAACAGCAUUGACAUCACCAGAAAACGUGUCCCUAGUGAAAAGGAUGAUGAUCAAAUGCGCGGACGUUUCUAAUGCUUCCAGACCACAAAAGUUCGCCUUUGAAUGGGCAAGAAGGAUCGCAGAGGAAUACUUCUUGCAAACGGAUGAGGAAAAGGCCAAGGAUUUGCCCGUGGUGAUGCCUAUGUUCGACCGCGCUACUUGCUCCAUCCCGCGCUCUCAAAUCGGCUUCAUUGACUACAUCAUCAUCGACAUGAUGGAGGCUUGGGCUGCUUUCAUCGACAUCCCGGAGCUAGUGACGCACGCCCGAAGCAACUACCAACGCUGGCGUGAACUGGACGAAGCUGGAGUAACUACCAUAGCUGAUGUGAAACGUGCUCAACGACAAACCGCGAUACAAGCACCACCGACCACGACCUCAGAACCCACCGCUGAAGAAUAAACCAGCAUUUGGUGACCCCAAAAAAGAUGGAACCAAAAGUAAAUCCUGCUUUUGCUGAAAGAACGAUUCUGAUGCAUGCAAACUGCAUUAAUUCAGACGAUUUUAAAGGAGAUGAUCAUGUAUAGAUAAUUGCUAAGCUGGUGCAUAAAAAUCAUCUUGACCUUUUACUGCUAAAACAAAGUAUUUUACUGAUAUUGAUAGCAGUAGAUUACUAUCAAUGUCAAUGGAGGAAGUUUUCAGCAUGGACCUGACAGACUCAAUUUUGCGUGAAGGUAAUAUCAUCAUCACUUUUAAUAAAGUUUGGCGAUUGGUAAAGGAAAAGAAAGAAUCUGGAAGCUUUUGUUAGUGGAACAUCAACAAUUUGUAUUUGAACAUACCCCCGAUACUACAUACCUACAACAGAUUUAACUGUCUACUAUUGACAAGGACAGCGCUAUUCGUAAAUCGAGCGGGCCAAGGACAACGCUUUACUAAUACUACUAAACGUACACUUACGCAGGGGGAAUGACUGUUGAUUCUUUAUGUAAGAAAGUAGCAGUAUUCUUUGAUUUGAAUAACCAGCAAAAAGCCAAAGUUGGAUCAACAGUAAAAUAUGAAUUGAAUGGAUAAAUCACACUACGUCUGUUUGCUGUUAAUUAGAUAAAGGAAAAAGGGUGCGUAAAAAUGC